AUGCCUGCGAAGAAGAAGCUUAGGUCACCACAACAAAUAUGGGAAUAUAUUUCAUCUAUUUUCGUUGAAUUUGUUGAGAGAAUAUUUUUUUCUAUAGGAGUGUUUGUUGCAAAAUAUCCAUGGAGAACUAUAGCAGCAACGUGGGCCUUUGUCCUCCUGAGCUGUGGAGGAUUAUUCAAUUUUCACAUAGAAAAGAAUCCUAUGAAGUUAUGGGUACCUCCAGAUUCAGAUUUCUUUUAUGAUACCAAUUGGUAUAUCAAUAACUUUGGUACAAAUUUUAGAUUACAAAAAUUGUUAAUUACGGCAGAUAAUGUAUUAGAUCCAAAAGUAAUAAAACUAGUUUAUAAUAUCUCAAAUCAGGUACGCUUACUGGAGGCUCAGUAUAAGAACCAAACAUUUUCUCUGGAUGAUUUGUGUUUUAAAGUUCCUAUUGUUAACUUUGCUAGUACUACCUGGAAGUCUAGAUCUGAGGAUUCCAUAAUAACUAAUAAAAGCAAAUCUUCACAAAAGCAUAAUGUAAUAGAAGAAGACUUGUCUGAUCCAUCCCUUUGGAUCGAUGAUGAUUUUUAUUGUAGUUUUCUUGAAAGUUUUCCAUUAACCUGUCUUCAGUAUAAUAUUUUAGACAUGUGGAAGAGUAAUUUAACUCUAAUCAAUAAUGCAUCAAAUUAUGAUGUAAUAAAAAAAAUUAAUGAAAUGAAAAGUAAUCCUUCUACAGGUCAUCCCUUAGACUUUUCACAGUUGUUAGGAGGAGUAGAACGUGAUGAGACUGGUGAUAUUGUUUCAGCUAAAUCUAUUUUACUUACUUGGUGUAUGUAUGUAAACAUGACAGAAGUCAAUCUUAAUGAAGUAGGAAAUUUAAUUGGAACAGAGGACUGGGUAUCAGUACCACUGGCACUAUGGGAAAUAGAAUAUUUAAAGUAUGUAAAAUCCUUACAUUAUAAUGACAGUAAUUUAAAAUUUUAUUUCGAAGCAGGAAGAAGCUUUGCAGAUACUAGUGGAGAGACAAUGUUUCAGGAAAUGGAUAAAUUAUUAAUUGGCAUAGUAAUGAUGUUUAUCUAUGUAGUUAUUGCUGUGUCUCGUUGUAAUUGGUUGGAGAUCAGAUUAACAUUAGGUAGUGUUGGUCUAUUAAAUGUUGGAAUGGCCUAUAUAACUACAAUAGGGUGGUGUUCCUUGAUGGGUAUACCUUUUGGUCCUGUUCAUUCUUCUUUACCUUUUCUCUUAAUGGGUUUAGGUGUGGAUGAUAUGUUUGUCAUGAAUGCUUGUUGGAAAAUUGUCUUAGAUUCAGCUACCUGCCAAUCUGUUCCCAUGAAAGUGGGACAUAUGCUUAAACAUGCUGGAGUAUCAAUUGUCAUAACAUCUUUCACUGAUAUUGUAGCACUUUUAAUAGGAGCCAUCACAAUUUUACCAUCACUAAAAUCUUUUUGUAUUUAUGCAGCUGUGGGAGUGUUUUUUAUAUUUUGUUAUUCUAUUACAUUUUAUGUAGCAGUUUUUACAUUAGAUGUUAGACGAAUUGAACAAAAACGAAAUGGCCUAUUGCUUUGUUAUAAACAUAAAAACGAUGUUUCGUCAUCAACAGAGAACACAUUUUUUUCAAACCUACUGGCAAGUAUUUAUAGAAAUAUGGUAUUAACUAUUCCAGGAAAGAUGAUUAUUAUAUUAUUCACUGUAGUUAUGGCUAGUUUUAGUGUCGUAUCAGUAUUGAAAUUAGAAGAGAGAUUUGAUCCAAAAUGGUUUAUUCCUGAUGGUACUUAUUAUAGAGAUUAUUUAGAUGUUCACAACUUAUAUUAUGAUGAGGGACAACCUGGAGUCAUUUUCUUAGGUGAAAUAGAUUACAAUAAAGAAUUUUUUAAAAUUUAUGAUAUGAUUCAAGUAUUGAGGAAUGAACCUUAUGUUACUGAACUAAAUACUUGGGUUGAAACUUUUCAUGGAUAUGUUCUCACGAAUUAUGGUCACAAUUUGAGAAACUCAUCAGAAGUAUCUAACGUGCAAUUUAACAAGUAUUUAUCUAGGUUUAUUUUUAGUCCAAUUGGUGGCCGAUUUCAAAUGAACUUUAAAUUUAAGGAAUCUCUGACCUGUGGGCAUGUAUUUAAUAAUAUUACGGCAUCAUUGAUAUCAUUUCGAUUUAAGAGGUUCAAAGGUCCAGAGGAAUAUAUACCAGCUAUGAAUAGAAUAAAACAUAUUGUUAAAUCAACUAAUAUUACAACAGGUAAUGGUUAUCGUAGCGUUUGGUCAAAAGCAUUUGCUAAUUGGGUUACUGACGAAAUUAUAGGUGUCGAAGUUGAAAGAAAUAUUGAACUAGCCCUAUUUUGUGUAAUGGUUUGCACUGUCAUUCUCAUUACGAAUCUUCAGAUGUGUUUGUGGAUAUUCAUUUGUGUUUUAUUAACUAUUGUUAAUGUUUUAGGUUGGAUGCAAAGAUGGGGAAUGACUGUUGAUAUUGUUUGUUGUAUAGGCCUCGAACUAGCAAUAGGUCUUUGUGUAGAUUACGCCGCACAUGUUGGUCAUACCUUUUUAACGAUUUCUGAGGGUUCCCGCAAUGAACGGGCGUUUAAAACCGUAACAUCGAUAGGUACAGCUGUUUUGUUGGGUGGAGGGUCAACCUUGCUUUCUUUGUCUUUAUUAAGUAUGUCAAAGGCCUAUACUUUUCAGUCAUUUUUCAAAAUAUUCUUACUCGUAAUUCUUUUUGGUCUUUUUAAUGGUUUACUGUUUUUGCCAGUAGUUUUGUCUUUAAUCGGCCCAGCACCAUAUAAACCACAUAGAGACGAAAAAGAGUUAACACCGGAGUGUGUAGAAUUGAAUGGAAAGUUUUAUGAAAAAGAAAAACAAGGAGAUGAUGGUUAAACGAAGCAAUAUUUUGUAUUUGUAAUUUAUUCUGCAUUGUAGAGUUUACUUAGUCACUAUAGAUUUUAUUUUUAUCUUAUCAUUAAGUAAAAUUUACAUAAUUAUGUAUGUAUUAAUUUGUAUAAUCAAAAGGGUUAUGAAUUUAGUUUGAACAACAGUAUGGUUUAUUUUAACAGAGUGAUUAUUGUAUUAAUAAAUUUACGUACAUAUGUGUUACCCGA